UUAGAAUUGGACCUGACAGAGAGAGAACAACUGAGAUCUGAGAAGCUGCAGAGGAAGAGCUGGAGAGAGCACAAGCAAAACCCUAUCUGCCGCAAUGCGAAUAAUAAUAGCUUGCGAGUCUUGUACGCAUCUUCUGCAACCUCAUCAACGAAUUCCAGUUGCUCUUCCCGAACCUAGACGCCGCCGCCUCAGCCGGCGCGAGCUCUGCUUCGACGGAGUUUCAUCCGUCUGCUCUCACUCCGAAGCUCAUUUUCCUUCCGAUUCCUCCUCCGCCGCCGCCGACGAUGUUUCUCAUAAUCCCACCGCGAGGGAUAAUAGCAAUGAUUUGGUUCGACUAAUACAGAAGAACUUUUCUUUCACAACUCGUCGAGUGUUGUUUGCAAGCUUGUUUGCGUGCUUAUGUUAUCAUCCUACAAGGUACUUAUCAGCUCAUGCUCUAGCGGAUCCAUCUGUGACCAUUGAAGAAGUAACACCUUCCGUUUAUCCUUCUGGGGCACUCUUUCCUUCUGAGGAGAGGAUUGUGCAGCUGUUUGAGAAAAAUACUUAUUCUGUGGUCAACAUCUUUGAUGUGACAUUGCGCCCUCAGCUUAAUGUUACGGGUGUGGUUGAGGUCCCUGAAGGUAAUGGUUCUGGAGUAGUCUGGGAUGGACAAGGUCACAUCGUGACAAAUUAUCAUGUAAUUGGUAACUCUCUUUCAAGAAAUCCUAGCCGUGGCCAAGUUGUUGCACGAGUUAAUAUUCUUGCAUUAGAAGGGGUCCAAAAGAAUUUUGAAGGUAAGUUGAUUGGUGCAGACCGUGCUAAGGAUCUUGCUGUCUUGAAGGUGGAAGCCCCUCGGGAACUGCUGAGACCCAUCAAGGUGGGGCAAUCAUCUUCUUUAAAAGUUGGACAACAAUGCCUAGCCAUUGGAAAUCCAUUUGGUUUCGACCACACACUCACUGUUGGAGUUGUUAGUGGACUGAAUCGAGACAUAUUUAGCCAAACUGGAGUCACAAUUGGCGGUGGAGUUCAGACAGACGCAGCCAUCAAUCCUGGAAACAGUGGAGGCCCUCUACUGGAUUCAAAGGGGAAUUUAGUUGGGAUUAAUACAGCAAUAUUCACUCAGACAGGUACAUCUGCAGGUGUGGGGUUUGCUAUUCCAUCCUCAACAGUGGUAAAGAUUGUACCUCAGUUGAUCCAAUUUGGCAAAGUUGUGCGAGCUGGUUUAAAUGUUGAUAUUGCUCCUGACCUGAUUGCAAAUCAGCUUAAUGUUCGAAAUGGGGCUCUGGUUUUGCAGGUUCCUGGAAAUAGUUUUGCAGCCAAAGCGGGGAUACUUCCCACCACUAGGGGAUUUGCUGGUAAUAUCGUGCUGGGAGAUAUAAUUGUGGCAGUGGACAACAAACCUGUUAGAAGUAAAGCCGAGCUGUAUAAAGCAUUAGAUGACUAUACUGUCGGGGAGAAAGUCGUGUUGAAGAUUCAGAGGGGCGGUGAGAGCUUGGAGCUGCCCGUUACUUUAGAAGAAAAAGAUUCAUAACCCAGGGCCAAGGGGGGGGAGCAAUAGCCAUUAAUAUGUCAGAUUUAAUUACAAUUUGUUGAUAUCGUGUCAAUUUAUUACCUUUUCUUUAUGCUUUUGGCCCCCGGGGGUGGGGUGAUGGUGAUAGUGAUACAGAUGCUAAUAAUUUGUAUUUAAUUUAAUUAAUAGCAAUGCAUAUGUAAUUGGUUUUGCUGAGUA